AUGAUUAUAUUUUUACAAAUAGAAAUUACCUUUGUUAAAAAAGAUAGGAUAUAAAUAAGCAAAAGUUAAAAUACCUAUUGUAUAAUUCUUAUAAAAAAUAGACAUUCAAAAUUCAUUAAUGGUUAGUCUUUAAAAGAAGUUUUAAAUUUUAAUUAAAAAGAACUCUGAUAUUAAUAUUGGUAUCAUGAAAAAAAUAAGCAAUUCUAUUUUUGAAUUUUCAUACAAAAAAUUAAUACUACUCUCACAAUGUUAAAUUAUGUAUGUAUAUAAAUUUAUAUUAGAAAUGAAUAUUCAAUAUUCAAUCCUUUUCAUUUAUAUAGUUUAAUGUGGCUAUGA